UCUCUGCUUCUCACAUCCGCUGUUCACAUUGUGUAUAUAACACUCUUCAUUUCUGUAUACGGUACUGGACACUAAGCAUUAAACAAACUACAAAAUGGCAUUGACUGGAAGUGAUAUUAUUAAAAUCAUCUGCGCCAUCUUCCUUCCACCUGUUGGUGUUUUCUUGGAACGUGGUUGUGGUGCCGACCUUCUUAUUAACAUUCUUCUGUGUUGCUUGGGUUACAUUCCUGGCAUCAUUCACGCUUUGUAUAUUAUUCUCAAGUACUAAGCUGCAUGUUGACCUGUCACGAAAACAUUUCAAGAUGCGAACGAACGGCGUGCAGGAAACGUCACAUCUGCGCGUCCCGUGCUCAAUGUAUGUAUCCCUAUAGCCAGAGCUGUUUAUAUUUUUUGAAUGGUUAAUUUGUUUUCCUGGA